CAUUUCUCUUCUUCUUUUUAACACAUUCCCAUCUAACCGCAGCCAUGGACGAUCAGUGCCCCCACGUCAAGACCUUCUCACGCCCGCCGCCGCAGCCCAAGGACCCUGUCUACCGCGAAGACUGCACCCUCUGCUUCGAUGGCGUCGACGAUGCGGCGGGGAUCGAUGUCUGUUUGCACUGCUUCAACGGAGGCUGCGCAGGCGACCGACGGCACAACAAGCAGCACGCCGACGAAGUCAGCCACCCGCUCGCCGUGAACAUCAAGCGCACUCGCAAGCGUAAGCCCGAGCGAGACGAUGGCGAAUCGCCCGCCAAAAUCAGCAAGCUGGAGAUCAAGGCCGAGACUGACGCCGAUCGAUACGAAACCGAGACGAACAUUAAAUGCUUUCAAUGUGACAUUGAUAACAUCGCUCAGGAAGGAAAGGUUGGCGAUGUUGUGGCUGGCGUCCUCAAGGCAAACACCUUCGCUCAGCAGGAGGAAGUCAAGGCCUGGGAGCUGGAGUUGACGAUUUGUGAUCACACUGCUUUCCUCGAGCAAGAGCCCGCGCGAGACAUUCCUAGUGGCGAUCUGGGUCAUUGCGGCGAGUGCGAUCUGAAGGAAAAUCUGUGGAUGUGUUUGACUUGCGGCAACUUGGGCUGUGGGCGACAGCAGUACGGUGGCGCGCCAGGUAAUAGCCACCAAGUCGGACAUGCCAACAGCACGAAGCACCAUGUGGCAGUCAAACUGGGCUCCAUCUCCGCAGAUGGAAGUGCCGACAUCUACUGCUAUUCUUGCGACGAGGAACGCAAAGACCCUAAGCUGGUCGAGCAUCUUGCUCACUGGGGAGUGAACAUUGCAGAUCGAGAGAAGACGGAACAGAGUUUGGGCGAGAUGAAUCUCAUGUACAACCUGAGCUACGACUUUUCCAUGAUAGACGCCGAUGGCCGACAGCUGAAGCCAAUGUUCGGGAAGGGAUACACAGGAUUGAGGAACCUGGGCAAUAGCUGCUAUCUCAACUCAGUCCUGCAAGCGUUGUUUGCAACGCCCGAAUUUGCAAAGCGUUACUACAGACCAGAUGAGAGAAUCCAGUUGGGGCCAACAUUCAACCCUGCUGAGGAUCUCGAAUCACAGCUGCGCAAGCUUGCCGACGGUCUCCUAUCUGGACGCUACAGCAGACCUGAUAUUGACGUCCAGCAACCUGAAAAUGAGGAUGAGAAGCCUCACCAGAAAGGCAUUGGUCCCAGUAUGCUCAAGCAAAUUGUCGGCAAGGGACAUGCAGAGUUCAGCAGCAUGCGACAGCAGGAUUCCUUUGAGCUCCUUUUGCAUCUCCUCAAGCUGGUUUCUCGAUCACAAGCGACCGCGAAGAAUAGUGGCUUCGCACACAUCUACGACCCAGUCGAUGCCUUCCGCUUUCACAUGGAGCAGAAGCUGCAAUGCCUAAGCUGCAAGAAGGUCAAAUACCGCUUGGACGAGAUGGAAAACAUCAGCGUUGCUGUUCCCAUCAAGCGCAAGCCCAAGAGCGAUUCCGCCCCAGUGACGAACGGUGGAGAUACGCCAAUGACCGAUGGCGACAAGGUUCCCGAAAAGGAAGAGUUCGAGACUGUGACCUUGAAGCAAUGCUUGGAUGACUUCACAGCGCCAGAGGUGGUUGAUUUGGAAUGCUCAGGUUGCAAGAAUAAGGGCUUCACGAAACAGUCACUCUUCAAGACCUUCCCAGUUAUCCUCGCAGUCAACGCUCGGCGGUUUGAAAUCGUCAACUGGGUUCCGAUGAAGCAAGAUGUACCUGUUAUCGUGGGCGAUGAUGUCUAUGACAUGGAGGCAUAUCGCAGCAAGGGCAAGCAGCCUGGCGAGGAGGAACUGUCGGACGACCAGGACGCCGAUGCGGGUGCAAGCAACAAGUUCCAGCCAAACGAAGUCGCACUUGAGAUGUUGAUGAACAUGGGCUUUCCGAAGAUACGUUGUGAGAAAGCUUUGCGGGCUACCGGCAACGCGGACCCAGAUGCCGCGGCUGGCUGGCUGUUUGAACACAUGGAAGAUCCCGACAUCGAUGAGCCCAUUGAAGAACCCACCGCAGCUGCUGGUGGAUCUUCAUCAGCUGUCGACCCCGAUAAGAUCGAGAAUCUGGGUAACAUGGGCUUUUCCGCGCCACAAGCUCGACAAGCACUUAAGGAGACGGGUGGCGAUAUGGAGCGCGCCGUGGACUGGUUGUUCAGUCACCCUGAAGCGACGGGCGACUUUGGCGAUGAUGCUGCUCCAGAGAGCGCUUCUGCGCCUGCUGCCAUUCCUGAAGAUACCAAGCCUGCCAAGUUCUCCCUCUCGAGCAUCGUUUGUCACAAGGGCAGCUCGAUUCACGCCGGCCACUAUGUUGCUUUCGUCAAGAAGCUGGCGGGGUGGACAUUGUUCAACGAUGAGAAGGUCGCACUGGGUGGCGACGUGGAGGAGAUGAAGAAGUUUGCUUACAUUUACUUUUUCCGGCGUGAGGGCGAGGAAGCCUAGGUGGCAAAAGUUACUGGGACUUAGCAGGGCGUCAGGCAAUGGUUUGGUCGCCCGGGUGGGCCACAAUGGAGUGUGGAUCAAAGAGGACAUAUCGCAUACUGGCAGUGGCCCAGGGUUGGGGAACCACUGAGACGAACGAGAUGACAGGUUGAGCUUCACGCUUAUGAUGAGUGAUAUGAGAUGCAUGAUCGGCGGCUAUAGAGUAGAUCUGCUAUUGAUGGAAGAGGGAAAACGAUGUAGAGAGGCUAUUGCAGAAAUAGCAGGGUGAACGGUGUAACAAUAGAGCAGCAGAAAGGCCCAACGCUUAUUGCCGUCUGCCACGUCGGCAGAUCAGACCAGCGUCUCCUCUGCCCACGGGACCGUGUCAUUAAAAUAAGGUAGCAUUGCAUUUUCAAGCGUCUCGAAACCAC